UCCACCACAACCGAUCUCACCUCUAUAGCCAAUCUUUAGAAGCCCCCCUUACUUGAUAUCCUCACCUUUUCUAGAUGUUUACAUUCAUGGAUACAGCCGUAGUGAAACGUGCUCGUUACACUAGCCCGCCUGGUGAUGUUGAUCGACUAAGCAGUUUGCCAGAUUGCUUGAUAUUCCAUGUACUCUUAAAUCUUCCGACCAAAGAUGUGGUUCAGACCAGUCUCUUAUCCCCCAGAUGGAUAAAUCUCUGGAAACACGUACCUGGUCUGGACUUAGACACCGAAGAUUUCAAAGAACUCGACACCUUCGUGACUGUUGUCGAUAGCUUUCUUGAACGUAACCGCGGUUCGUCCGUACAUCAUUUUAAGCUAGCGUACGACUCCCCUGUCGUUGUGGAGCCUAACACUGGUCUUGUCAAGCGCUGGCUUGACGCUGCUGCUAAGCUGAAAGUUAAACAUCUCAAUGUUUCGGACAAUUCAUCACAGAGUUGGGACCUCGUGAUGUCUCCAACGGUUUACACCUGUAGCAGCUUGGUAUCCUUAAGGCUCGUGGGGCUAACCUUACCUAAUACCGAGCGUGUUUCAUUACCUUCUCUCAAAGCUAUGGUUUUACUCCUCGUUGAGUUUACCAACAAAUGGGCAUUAGAGAAUUUAAUCUCAAAAUGCCCAGUUCUUGAAAACUUUUGUAUUGAGAGAUGCUACGGUGAUGGAAAAUCGAUUUUACGUGUGCAUUCUAAGUCUCUGUUGACCUUCAUGCAUGAUGCGGGUAAUAACGAGGAUUAUGAUGAAGAUCGUAUAGUUGAAAUUGAUGCUCCCAUGCUUAAGUAUUUGAGGAUCAGUGAUGCUCGAACUACAAGUUUCAUAAUAAAGAGUCCACCUUCCAUUGUAGAUGCGGAUAUAGAUACUGUGUUUAACUUAAUUUCUGGAAGGAGACUAGGAGUUGCAAAUGAAGUACAAAAGAGAGAGAUGGUUCGUGAUUUUCUCGUUAGGAUCUCUAAGGUGAAAGAUCUGACCAUCGCCUCCUCUACUCUCGAGGUCAUAUAUGACUACUCAAGAUACGUACAACUACCGGUGUUUCCUAACCUGUUUUUACUGCGUGUCACGUUCGAUAGCUACAUGUGGGAGAUGCUGCCAGUCUUUCUUGAAGUAUGUCCGAAUCUGAAACAUCUUGUCAUGGGAACUUCUGAAAAUCCCAAGAUGGUGGGAAUUACUGUUAUUGCCAGACCUUGGAAUCUGUUAUCAUCUCUAGAGCAUGUUGACAUAGAAAGGUCAUUGACAGGGGAGGCGUUGGAGAUGGCACUAGUGGGUUAUUUUCUUGAGAGCUCACCAAACCUCAAGACACUAUCAUUAAGCUUGGAUGAUUCGCUAAAGAAAGGAGAAUCUGCCUACAAGCUAACAUUAAGUUUGGAUGAUGCCCCAAAGAAAGAAGAAUCUGACAUCUUCAUAGAACUCCUUAACUUUCGGAGACUCUCAAGCUCAUGCAAAAUUAUUGUUGUCUGA